AUGCUUACCGGUUCCUUGAACCGCGUCUAUCCCUAUGAAAGAAAUGCUGAGUUUGCUAAGGAAAUCAGCCGGUUGGCUAGCUCAACCGAAAAUGGAAAAUGCAGAUCCGCGUCAGGAGCAGUCCGUGGACGUGUUCAUGCCGCUGCUGCUGUUGAAGUCCACGAGGGUGUCUACAGCACACCGGCGUCGCUGAGAUCGGAUGUCGCUCUUCAACGAGACGUUCUUGCUGAGCCGCUAAACGUAGACAAAAUCAAUGAAGAAAAGUCGUUGCUCCAAAAGAAGACGAAUAGAACCGUCACAACUACUCACACACCAACGACGACGACCUCAAGGCUUCCAUCGACGAAGCCUUCGACUGAAGCCAACCUUCCGACAACUACUCACCGAUCGACGACCACACGGUCUGCGCCUUCCACGACCGUUAGGCUUCCAACGACAUCUAGGCCUUCAACGACCACCAGAACCUCGACAGUAACUCAGCGUCGGACGACUACAACACCACCAUCGACGACCACACAGCCUCCAACGACCGUCAGCAAAAGAACAUCACGAGCUCCUACUUCGCCAUCCUUUCCUUUGUACUUCCCUAGGAGAAGUACUGAUGAACCAGAAGAGCCCUCAACGACCUACAAGCCAGGUUGUCUACUUGACAUGAUAAUCGUUUUGGAUUCAUCCGGCAGUGUAGAAGAGACGUUCCUUCGUGAGAAAGAACUGGCUGCCGGCAUUUUGUCACGCUUAAGAAUUGGACCAAACAAUGCGAGAGUAUCUAUCAUAAAAUUUGCGCGGAACAAAACAAGUGAAGACGGUCUGGUCGUUGCAGCCAAUUUCCAGUCGCAAAGGACAAAUGUCUAA